UGAAUUACGAUAAUUCUCGCGCUAGUUAAUUUUUGGAAUUGACUUGGGUUUGAUUGUCUUGUUUGGCUGGGUUUGAGUUACCUUAUGUGCCAUAUCUUUACGAUAUCAAAUCCCAUUUGCAGAUUAUCCUUCAAGAACUCAGUGGUUGAUUCUAUUCUGUUACUUCAUUUGCAGCACUAGCACUACCCCUGUACUCCCUUCAAUCUCCAACCCCAUUUGCAGAUUUGUUUUGCAACAAAUUUAUGUUGUCUCUUCCUUGGCAGGAUUCUGAAGGAGAAAAAAGGUUAGAAACAUUGGACUUAAGUUAUGGGGGAUGCUAGUAGGUAUGCAGUAGUUACAGGAGCAAACAAGGGAAUUGGCUUUGAGACUGUCAAGCAGCUCGCAAAUUCAGGUGUAACGGUUGUCUUAACAGCCAGAAACGAAAAGAGGGGAAUUGAAGCAACAUCCUUUCUGAAUGAACAAGGUUUUCCGAAUGUUGUCUUUCAUCAGCUUGAUGUUCAAGAUGCUCAGAGCAUUGAGUCCUUAGCAAAGUUCAUACGAACACAAUAUGGGAGGCUUGAUAUUCUGGUAAAUAAUGCUGGAGCUUCUGGAGUCGUAGUUGAUGAAGAUGUCCUAAGGGCCUUGAAUGUAGAUCCUGAAGACUGGUUAGCAGGGAAAGCUGUCGAUGUGAUUCAAGUUGCGAUGAAAACAACUUAUGAGAGUGCCAAAUUAUGCUUGGACACUAAUUACUAUGGUGUUAAGAAUGUUACUGAAGCUCUUCUUCCACUGCUGCAAAAUUCUCCUUCAGCAAGAAUUGUUAAUGUCUCCUCCCUUAGAAGUGAAUUAAAGCGAGUACCAAAUGAGGAGAGGAGAAAAGAGCUCGGAGAUAUUGAAAAUCUGACAGAAGAUAAAAUCGACAAGAUUCUGCAGAAUUUUUUGUAUGAUUUGAAACAAGAUGCUCUUGAGGUAAACGGUUGGCAGAUGAUGCUACCAGCAUAUAGCAUAUCAAAAGUAUCACUCAAUGCUUACACUCGAAUUCUUGCAAGAAAGUACCUGAAAAUGUGUAUCAACUGUGUCCAUCCUGGAUACGUCAACACGGAUAUAAACUGGCAUACAGGAACAAUGCCUGUCGAAGAAGGAGCUGAAGGACCUGUCAUGUUAGCUCUUUUGCCUGAUGGAGGACAUACUGGUUGCUACUUUGAUCGUACAGUAGUCGCCGAGUUUUAGAUAUAACAACUAUGCCUCAGUCUCAAACAAGUUGAGGUCAGUCGCGAAGUUUUAGAUCAAGUCGUGAAGUAAGACUAAUUUCUUUCAGUGUCUCUUGGCAUUUGGUUAAGUUUAUGAGCUUGGUUGGUGUUCUAGUGGUUGCAUUAGUAAUUGAAAUAAUGAGGGAAGCAAAGGAUAAAAAUGUUCCUUUUAUUUGUCCAUAUCAAUGGACUCUUGUUUUAGAAAUAUCUUUUCUUCUUAUACAACAACACAAGUCAUAAAAAAGUUUUGAUUAAGGGGAGAUUAUUCUCUAA